AUGUCUCUCCUUUUAAUUUGCGUUCUGAGUUUUUUCAAACUCUCAUUUCAACAGUUUCCUCGACCAUGUACAUCUGCAGAAGCGCUUCUCAAGAAGGAGUGUUGUCCAGUUUGGAGUGGAGAUGGAUCUUCUUGUGGUGAGCUCUCUGGAAGAGGAUCAUGUCAAGAUAUUUUAAUAACUGUGACUCCAAAUGGAUCUCAGUUCCCAUUCUCUGGGGUGGAUGAUCGUGAAAACUGGCCAUCUGUCUUUUACAACAGGACUUGUCAGUGCAACAAAAACUUCAUGGGUUUCAAUUGUGCGGACUGCAAGUUUGGCUUUUCUGGUGCUAAUUGCACAGAACGACGAUUGUUGAUCAGGAAAAAUAUCUUUAGCCUCACAACCACUGAGAAGAACAAGUUUCUUGCCUACAUCAAUUUAGCUAAAUACACCAUCAGCCAAGACUAUCAAAUUGCCACAGGAACAUAUGCCCAAAUGAACAAUGGUUCAAAUCCCAUGUUCAAAGAUAUAACUGUUUAUGAUCUAUUUGUUUGGAUGCACUAUUAUACAUCAAGAGAUGCUUUACUGAAAAACUCGAAUGUUUGGAUUGAUAUUGACUUUGCUCACGAAGGUCCUGGCUUCCUGACCUGGCAUAGAGCUUUUAUAUUGCUGUGGGAAAAUGAACUCCGAAAGACGGUACGCGAUGAAGACUUUACCAUUCCAUAUUGGGACUGGAGAGAUUCGGAAAGCUGUGAUAUCUGUACUGAUGAAUACAUGGGAGGCCGUCAUUCCACAAAUCCCAAUCUUCUGAGUCCUGCGUCUUUGUUUGCAGCAUGGCAGGUGAUAUGCACCAGGUCAGAGGAAUACAACCGUCGUGAAGUUUUGUGUAAUGGUGUCCCUGAGGGACCCAUUCAACGUAAUCCAGGGAACCAGGAUCAAAAUAGAACACCAAAGCUUCCAAUCUCAGCAGAAGUGGAAUUCUGUCUAACUUUGACAAAUUAUGAAACUCCACCUUUUGAUAAGUUUUCUAAUUUUAGCUUCCGGAAUACUUUAGAAGGCUUUGCCAAUCCAAAUGAUGCUAUAUCCAAUACAUCACAGAGUAGUUUGCAUAAUGCCUUGCACAUUUAUAUGAAUGGUACAAUGUCCAGAGUCGGUGGAUCAGCCAAUGAUCCAGUCUUUUUACUUCACCAUGCUUUUGUUGACAGCAUAUAUGAACAAUGGUUACGGAGACACGCGCCUCUUCAGAUUACCUUUCCAGCAACUAAUACACCAAUAGGCCACAGCAGUGAUUAUUACAUGGUUCCCUUCAUUCCAAUUUACAGAAAUAUUGAUUUUUUUAUUUCAACAAGAGAACUUGGAUAUGAUUAUGAUUAUCUGAUUGAAUCAGUACCACCUACAAUUCAGGAAAUUCUGAGUCCUUAUUUUCAUGAAGCUCAGCAGAUCUGGCCUUGGCUGCUGAGUGCUGCAGUGGUUGGCUGCUUGGUGACAACCCUAUUUAAUUGUACUAUUACGCAGGCAUGUAAGAAGAAGAAACAAGAUUCCACCUUUGAGGAGAGGCAGCCUUUGCUCAGUGAUCGUGAUGAAUACCAGAGUACCUACCAAACAGUUAUGUGA